GUCAAAUCUCUGGAUUGUUGUUAUUAGCAGAUACAAAUUUCAGUUUGAUGUUGCUUAUGAGAAGGUUACUUAUUAUUGCAGGUCACUUUGUUUGCAUCAUAACAAGGGAAGUUAGAUAGAUUGUUGUUAGUUCUAGAACAUGCCGAAAGAGAGGAAAGACCGGUCGGUAUCUCUUGAUAAGUAUAGACGAUCGCCAUUGUGUUGUGAGUCAAGCUGUGCUUUGAAGCCUAGUGAGAAACAAGUUAAGGAAUGGGAAGAGGCUCGUUGCCCUGUUUGUAUGGAACAUCCUCACAAUGGGAUUCUUCUCAUUUGUUCUUCUUAUGAAAACGGUUGUCGACCUUACAUGUGUGACACUAGCCACCGGCAUUCUAACUGUUUCGAUCAGUUCCGCAAAGCCUCUAAAGAGAAACCGUCUUUGUCUUUACUUCAUGAGGAAGAGGAAAGUAAUGAACCAACUGAGAUGGAAGAUGUAGCUUCUGACUCAACUGCUGUAAAUCUAAGAGGAGAAGCUGCAUCUCAGUUAACAGAUGUGAGUUUAAGAGAAGAUGAGAGAGGAGAAGAAGAAGUAGUAGAAGAAGAAGAAGAAGAAGGUGAGACUGGAGAAGAAGAAGUAGUAGAAGAAGAAGAAGGUAUUGUAGCAACAGAGGAAGACCAAGAAAAAAACAAACCGCCGAAGCUUACUUGCCCGUUAUGCCGUGGACAUAUAAAAGAAUGGGUAGUUGUUGAAGCAGCUCGAUAUUUCAUGAACUCAAAACAUAGAAGCUGUUCGUCUGAGACUUGUGAUUUCAGCGGAACCUAUUCCGAUUUGAGAAAGCACGCAAGGCUUCUGCAUCCAGGAGUUAGGCCAUCAGAAGCAGAUCCAGAGAGACAGAGAAGCUGGAGGAGGCUAGAAAGGCAGAGAGAUUUAGGGGAUUUAAUUAGCACACUCAAUUCUUCUUUUGGAGGAGAAGAAAGAAGUAACGACGAUGGGAUUCUAUUUGAUGGUAGCUUGCUUACAGUGAUCUUUCUCAUCCGCGUGUUUAGACCAGAGUCGAGUGGCUCAAGGAGUAGUAGUAGUAGCUGGUCUGGUGCAUCUAGAGCUAGGUCACAGAUAGGUGGGAGAAGAAGGCCACAUAGAUCUCCAGGGCUUUGGGGAGAGAGCUAUGAAGGUAAUACAGGAACAUCAAGAGAUGAGGAGAAUAAUAAUCAGUCUUCUGAUGAACAAGAGUCUGUAACUCGGAGACGACGUCGUUCUAGGAGAAGAGCUGUCAUUGAUGAUGACGAUGAUGAUGAUGAGGAAGAAGAACCGUGAUGCUACAAUUUGGUCUUUGGAGUUUAUGAUAAAGAAUAUGGGGGAAACUUUGUAGUAAUAACCCCACUUCUGAAACCCUAUUCUGUAAAAUUUCUUUGGAGAUUGAAAAAAAAGUUUCUACUAUUGAGAAACAAAAUGUUCAAUAAUUU